AAGAUGGUGUGCGCCGAGAACACUCUUCGUCCGAGCUAGGAAUAGGUUGAUCAACAUGAUCCUUGUCAAGACUGAUUGAUUGUGAGCGAUCGUCAUAUUGUUCGGUGGAUGGAUAUGAUCCGACAUGCAUUUUUUCUUUCUGUUUCAGGUUGUUGAUAUAGCACUUGUUCUUGGAUGAUUUCCACUUGUUGGGUAAACAGCACUUGUCUACUCUCUCGUUGCGAUCAGUAUUUCUUAUGGAACAAUGCCGACAAUCAAAAGGAAAAUGAAGGUGAAGGCGUCCCGCUCGACGGGAUCGUCGGUACCUUCAAGCAAGGUGGCGCAAAGCUCUGGUGUCUCGGAUAAUUGUAGCAGCACCCAAACAAGCUUUGAUGCCGAUGCCGAUCUCGUGGGUGUCUGUGCGACGAUCGCAGAGGUCACAGAGGCGUUUUCGAAAUCAAAGAAUGACGCAAAAGCGGGACGCGGCAUGCCUUUUUUGGACGCGAAAAAUCAGCUCCUUCUCAGCUACCUCGACAACCUCGCAAGCUAUCUCGAGAACAAAUCCUCCUCACCUUUUGCUGCCGCAGCAUCUUCAACAUCGCCAAACAGUGCCACGUCAUCAGAUGCCGAGCACGUCUUUCGAGAGCUCUAUAAGAUUCGACUAGCUUUUGGUCGCGCGAAGAGUCUGGAUCAGAAAUUGCAGUACUCUAUCCAGAAACUACUGGACGAAGCAGCCGCAGCCGAGAGUGGAGACACAGCGAAAACAGCAAAGACGAGCGCGAAACCUAGUCUUUCUCUUGCCAAGGGAUCCAUCCUCUUAGAAGACCAAAGUGAGAAUCCAGUUGGCAGUGGAGGUGGCCAGGACGAGACAGCAGACUAUCAUGCAGGUGGUACGGAUGCCUCAUCAAAGGAUGGUAUUUACCGACCACCCAAGAUCACAGCGAUGGAAUGUGGCUACGACUCUGCUGUCUCCAAGGCAGAGAAGCAACUACAGCGGGAAGAAAAGCGACUGAGAAACACACAGAUCUACGAAUCGUUGCAGGAUAUUGUCAACGACUGCAGCAGUGGGGCCGUUGAGGUACUUGACUAAUGCUUACAGUUCCCAGUAUUCUGUAUGUUUUUCUUGGGGGUGUUGAUCCUGUUUUCAUCUUGUUGUAAGCUCUCAUUAAGGCUUCCCCUUAUGCAUCUCCGGAAGCUUCGCAGAGACGUUUUCAAGGUGGAAACAGUCUCAGGAUGCGUCUCAAGAUGGAUAAGAGUGAGUUCUAAUCUCAAACUCGUCAAUGAUUUUGAAAACCAUGCCAUGACUUUUUACUCAAAUUUCGAUGACAUUGUCACUUUACUUACAAGGUUCUCGGCGACACCAGCAGCGGACGUAGCAACGAGGUAGAGAAGCUCUUAAGAAAACAGAGAGAGAGAGCAGCAUACGAAGAAGAUAACCUGAUGCGAAUGCGGCAAACGAAGCAAGACAAGAAGGAUGCAAAACGGUUGAAGCAACUUCGAACGCAAGGCGGCGGCGGUCAAGGCGCAGUGUCAUUGCGUGAUCUCAACAGCGCAGUUGAUAUCAUCGCUAGCUCUACAGACAAGCUGAACAGCUAUCAGAAAGCGAAAUCACGGGUCGGUGAAAUCGCAGGUGCAAAGAAGGAAAUGAUGGCGGCACAGGCAGCUAGCAAAAAGUCUCGCAGCGGAGGCGCAAGCGGGAAAGGAUCCAAAAAGGGAAGCGGGAAAAAGAGAAAAUGACCGUUCACCUGCUAAACGUGCCUAGUGGAACUAUGGCGUUUCGAAAUUGAUGAAUUAAGUAGACGAUAAGAUUGAACCUGAAGCUGAACGACACUUGGUUUUAUUUAGUCUGCACCAGUACCUCCAAUCACCCGAUUUCAUCUUGUUGAAGAAGAAUUAAAUGUCAAAGAACCCACAACUUCAACUUGUUUUUCGUAUUCAAAUUUGAAGAUGCGAGGCGGCACGGUUG